UGCCCCCGUGGGCGCUCACCCCCGCGGAGGGCCUGUCUCCUCGGCGGGACACCAGCACGGGCGGGCAGUACCGCAGCAGCGACUCCGGCGGCGCCGCCAUGGCGGCCGCGGCCCUGUCACCAUGGCGACCGCGCGGCCCCGCGCAGGCGCAGCAACGCCCGGGCGGAAGCGCCGGCGGGCGGAAGCGCUGUCGGGCCGGAAGUGGCGGCACUUCCGUCGGGACGGGCGCCAUGGAGGCAGCGGCAGAGGAGCGGCGGAGAGAGCGGCGACGGCGGCGGGAGGUGGCGGUGAAAGCCGAGCGGCGAAGCCCCCGGCGCAGUCCGUCGCCGCCGAGCGAGGAGCGGCGGGGCCCGGCAGGACCGCGCGCGGCCAGCAGGUCGCCCCGGCGGAGGAGCAGGUCCGGGAGGAGGAGCCGCUCCCCGCGAGGCAGGAGGAGCCGCAGCCACAGCCCGCACCACGGCGCCGUGAGGGUGAAGCAGGAGCGAGAGGAUCACUGCCGCAGGGGCAACGAGGAGCGGAAGCAGCGGCACCCGGCAGAGCAGGAGCAGCGGCGGGAGCGGGACAGGAGCGGGGACAGGGACAGGCACAAGGAGCACUGGGACAGGAAGAGGAACCCCAGCGACAGGCCGGGAGCUCGAAACCACGAGCGGGACACGCAGAACCUGCGCGAGCAGCAGGCGGAGAGGGAGCUGCACAACGAGAGGAGGCGAGAGCACCGCCAGGGCAGCGGCGAGCCCAACGCGGAGCCCUGGCAGGCGGAGGACAAACCCAAAGACAAACCCGCCGCCAACAAGGAGAAGCCAAGCUUCGAGCUGUCGGGGGCGCUGCUGGAGGACACCAACACCUUCCGGGGCGUGGUGAUCAAGUACAGCGAGCCGCCCGAGGCGCGCAUCCCCAAGACGCGCUGGCGGCUGUACCCCUUCAAGAACGACGAGUUCCUGCCCGUGAUGUACAUCCACAGGCAGAGCGCCUACCUGCUGGGCCGGCACCGCCGCAUCGCCGACAUCCCCAUCGACCACCCCUCCUGCUCCAAGCAGCACGCCGUCUUCCAGUACCGGCUGGUGGAGUACACCCGAGCUGACGGCACCGUGGGCCGCAGGGUGAGGCCCUACAUCAUCGACCUGGGCUCGGGGAACGGCACCUUCCUCAACAACCAGCGCAUCGAGCCCCAGCGCUACUACGAACUGAAGGAGAAGGACGUGCUCAAGUUUGGCUUCAGCAGCAGGGAGUACGUCCUGCUCCACGAAUCCUCGGAUAAAUCCGAGGCCAACGCAAAGGACGAUGACGAGGAUGAGGAGAAGGAGGAAGAGUCUGACAGUUAACGGAUGAGGAGGAAGCUGGGGAGAGGCAGAGGAGGGAAACUCCUUGCAGUUGAAGGGGACUGGGAUGUGAACACGGAGCAUUGCAGCACUGAUGCCUCUUGUUGCCUUAAAGUCCUUUCUCUGUUGCUGGUCUGUUCCCAUAGUUUGUUUUGAGGGCUUUGCUCGUUAUUCAUGUUUGAUAGUUUUGCAUAUCAGGAAAUACAGCUUUAUUUUUAUUUUUCUCCCAAGAAGCCGAAGAGCACCUGGAUGUGAAAACUCUGGUGCUGGAAACCCUCCACAGAUGUUGCCAGACUCUUCCAGCAAACCAUGUCAAACAGCAUCUGGAAAAUUAUUUUUAUGACUUGUUUUGUUAUAGCCCUUUGGAAAUGCUACAGACUGAAAGGUUAGUUAGAGAUUCACGUCCUGUUCCGUAGUUUGCCAAAUUCCUCUGCCUGUUGGGAGUUCUGACAGGAGAAUUUACCUGGAUCACUGCUAAAAUGGCAGAAAUGUGGCAAAGACCCUCAUGUAUUUGUAUGUUUUGGGUAUUUAAUUUGCCUCAUGGUGACUGAGGGGUGGGCAUUUCACUGGAAUUCCGCCUGGAAAUCACAAGGGAAUGUGAAACAGAAGUUAAACAGUUCCUGGAAUUUCAGGUGAUGAGACUGUGACCCUAGUUUCCUGUUCCCACACAUGAUGCUGAAACUCCUGGAUGUGGAGUGACUGGGCUGUAAGCUAGAGCCCUUAUUUCUGCCCCCUCCCCAGGGUUUGUUUGUGUCAGACAGAAACACCUUUGAUAGGGUGACAUGUUUUAACCAGUUUGCACUAUUUAAGUUCUCUUUUUAUAAAAACUUACCCAAGUCCUUUGUUUAACAGUAAAGAAGUCAGUGUUUAGGGAGAGAAGCACCAGUCCCACUCACUGGGAGCUGCAGUUUUUGGUGUCUCUCCAACGUUGCUCUAUGUUCAAUGUGUGUGUCCCACACGUCACUGACUCACCUGGGUGUUUGUGGUCUCACCUGUUCGUCCCUGCUGUGUGCAGACUGUACACAAAGGUGCUCGUUGUACACAUUGGUAGUGUAAAUAUGGGGCAUUGCUGUGGGGUUUCAGAUGGGUAGGAUGGGGUUUGAGCAGGAGGAGCUCCUUUAUAUCUACUCCAAGGGUUUUUAAAUAAACAAUUUGUAAAUUUA